UCUGGCCCGGAUAAUCUGGGUUCGUAAUUUGUCCUCGGCCAAUCACAGAAGAGGUGGGCGGGACUCCAUUGUUACUACAGAUACUCGGAGAAGUUUGAGCCGACCUGCUGCAGCUGCACCUAUGAGCCUCCGCGUUAAUGAAUAGCCGCGGCCCGCGCGAGACAAAACGAGCCGAUUAUGCCGAGAUAAAGAGCAUCUGACUCGCGCUCUGUCUGAUAAUGGCACGCGAUGGUUCAUCCGCGGAGGUCUUCCCGGACAAAGUGAUGCCCAGAGCAGCUCCCUGCACGUGCGGCAAGAAGUGCAGGAGUCGGAGCAGCAGCGUCCUCUUCCUGGGAUUAUUCCUGCUGUCGCUGUCUCUACACGCUGUCACCCUCGUCUGCUACCUGGACCUGCGGUCCGAAGUCAAAAGGGAAAUUAUCCACCAGAAGCGGGAUACAAUGUUGACACUCGCGGGGAGUGACCUGGCUGACCCGGCGACGGUGCUCUCGCCCGGACUCCCGCGACUGGACUCCGGCAGCAGCCGCGGCGCAGAGGGUCACGAGGAGAAGUUACUGCACAGAAAUGGCGAAUUCCAUGCCACAGAGGAUAACAGGGGCAUUACUCAGCGAGCGAAAAGAAGUCCCGGCAAGCAGCCAGAAACAGAAUCGACUGGAAGGGAGAGAAGGAAAGAGAAGAAAAAAGGGAAAAAAAGGUCUGUGCCGGGCCCCCCUGGUCCCCCGGGCCCACAGGGGCCACCGGGCAUCCCUGGAAUCCCCGGUAUUCCAGGAAGCAACGCUGUGGGGCCCGCAGGACCCCCUGGACCUCCCGGGCCACAGGGACCUCCGGGCACUCAAGGUCCAGCAGGGGUUCUCGAUAAGACGAAAACAAAAGAAUUCCAGCCUGCAGUGGUUCAUCUGCAAGGGCAGGAGACAACCAUCCAAGUGAGAGAAGAUCUGUCUGAAGGCAUCCUUCGGAACUGGAAGAUGGUGUCCAUCCAUCACCGCGUGUUUAAAAUGCACUCUCGCUCCGGAGAGCUGGAGGUGCUGCUGGACGGUGUCUACUUCAUAUAUAGUCAGGUAGAAGUGUACUACCUCAACUUCACCGACAUUGCCAGCUACGAGGUGAUGGUGGACUCCAACCCGUUCCUCCGCUGCACCUGCAGCAUCGAGACGGGCCAGCGCAAGUUCAACACCUGCUACACGGCCGGGGUGAGCCUGCUCCGCGCCGGCCAGAGGAUCUCCAUACGCAUAGUGUAUGAGGACACGCUCAUCAGCAUGACCAACCACACCACCUUCCUGGGAAGUGUCAGACUUGGAGAGGCUCCAUCUGCUGGGCAGAACUGAUAAUUACACAACCACCAGCCCUCUACAUGAAACGCCCCGCCCCCCCACCACCGUCUCGCACCUGUUUAGAGGAAACUCAAAUUAAAUUGGGGAAGCUGCUAGGUGACUUUUGUUCACUUUCACAGUUGUGUAUUAAGAAAAAGACGAUAUAGACUGUUACGCUUCCCCCUCACAUUGAUUCUGUGCAAAGAGAUCAGCCUUGAUGAGCCUCAUCAAACAAACGUUUCUAUUUAUAGUCACCAUUUUGUGUCAACACAGACGGCAUCUCUCUUUAUAACAAGGAAGGACACUGCGCUGACAUAUACUUUAAUAUUUACAUAUUUUUAAGUGCUGUUGAAUGAUAAUCUUGUAUCUCCAAAAACACCAGCUAUGUUUUAUCUGCAGUUUGUAUACUUGGUCAUUUUAAUUAGUUUAAUUAUAUUAACAGUUAUAAGUAAGUGGUUUAAUGAGGGGUUUAAAGCUCCAUACGCCCCAGGGUUAUACAAAUAAUAAUAAAAAAAAAGUUCAUAUACAUGUUAAUAGCAAGUAUAAAGGUAUCUAUGCAAAGCUGAGAAUAAUCUAUUAAAACUGGAGUUAUAAGGUAUUCACAGAGCAACAGCACUAUAUAUUUUGCACACAUUUGCACUACAGCAUCCCUGCAGAAUAUCAGUGAUAUGUUUUGUUUCAGUGCUAUUGUUUAGUUGCCGUAUGAAUGAAUCCAUGUGGAAAAAUGAUAGUUGUUUAUACGUCUCUGUACAUAUUGUAUAUAAAAAGGGAUAUACUUUUGUAAAUUGAGUUGAUUGAUGGAUUAAACGGUUUCAUUUUCUGUCUAAA